CGCCGUGCGCUGACGCCCUCCCCGCGCGGCGCGGUGUCCGGCGGUCGGCUGCAGGCACGUGGGGAGCGCCCGCCGGCCCGGGCGGCGCGGGUCCCGCCAUGAAGUUUCGGGCCAAGAUCGUGGACGCGGCCUGUCUGAACCACUUCACCCGGGUCAGUGCCAUGAUCGCCAAGCUGGCCAAGACCUGCACGCUGCGCAUCAGCCCGGAGAAGCUGAACUUCGUGCUGUCGGACAGAGUGGCCAGCGCAGGGGUGAGCAUGUGGUGUGAGCUGGAGCAGGAGAACUUCUUCAGCGAGUUCCAGAUGGAGGGCAUCUCUGCGGAGAACAACGCCAUCUAUUUAGACCUAACCGCGGAAAAUUUAUCUCGAGCUUUGAAAACGGCCCAGAACGCCAGAGCCUUGAAGAUCAAGCUGACUAAUAAGCACUUUCCCUGCCUCACGGUCUCGAUAGAGCUGUUAUCUGUGUCGAGCAGCAGUCGCGUGGUGACCCAUGACAUCCCCGUCAAGGUUAUUCCUAGAAAGCUGUGGAAGGAUUUGCAAGAACCUACCAUCCCAGACUCCGAUGUUAGUAUUUACUUACCAGCCUUGAAGACGAUGAAGAGCAUCGUGGAAAAAAUGAAGAACAUCAGCAAUCACCUUAUCAUGGAAGCAAACCUCAGCGGAGAGUUGAACUUGAAAAUAGAAACAGAACUAGUGUGUGUCACAACUCACUUCAAAGACCUUGGGAACCCUCCGCCCGCCUCUGAAGACGCGUCUCAGGAGAGACCCCCCGAGCAGAUGGCUGAAGUGCACAUAGACAUCCGGAAGCUCCUGCAGUUCCUCGCUGGACAGCAAGUGAACCCUACGAGGGCUGUGUGCAGGCAUCUGAAAGGGAGCCACACCUUCCACAGAGGAGCCAGCAGGCUGAGCGCCCGGCCAACUGGGAGCGGCGCUCAGGACGGCCCAGGAGCGCACCUGACGGGAACAGAAAAUUGUAGGUGGCUGUGCCUGCCAAGGAGGAGCAGCCCCAUAGAAGGAGACACGCAGUGAAGCAGAUCACGGGAGGACCUCGUCAGUAACAAGAUUAUCCACUUUGAUUUGCUCCACGAGGACGUUUCCCUGCAGUACUUCAUCCCAGCCCUAUCAUAGACCGGUCCCUGCCCGGGAGCUCGGGGCUGCGCCGUGCUGGCCGUGGGCCAUGUGUAGAGCCAUGAAAGUCUGUGCAUUUUACUUCUUCAGAAAUUUUCUGGCUAAAAGUUGGGUUAAUGAAAGACAGUUGGAUAAACAUACUACAUUUUAUUCUCCCUUGUUCUCGUGUCUGUUUUGUUGUCAAGAUGUGGAAAAUGAGGAAAAGAGACUGUGUUUAUCCAGACUUCAGGUAGGUUUAGGCUUCUACACCCCACCCUCCCCUGGCUCUGUCCUCGGAGCCUGAUAACCGGCCGGGGCAGCCCUGUGGCCGCCUCAGUCACACGGGUGUCCAGCUGCAGCACGCAGAGCCCCCUGGCCCUGCUUCCCGCCCCCCCCGACGCUGCCCCAUCCGAUCCCGCUGUGGGGAGGCCGCUGUGACUCGUCUUAACUGGCAUGUCAAGGCCGAGAAGUGAGGUGCGGGGUUAGGGUAAGCGGAAGAGGAAUCUGCAACCUUGAGCAGUUGUCUUCCAGGCACUUGAGCGCGUUGGAGCGCGUGGUAAGACCCAGGGUCGCGAGUGCUGUUUCUGAUGCUUGUCAGUGAGCGUUCGCGUGGGACGUAGCAUUUGUUAAAGCAACUCUUUUUUUUUUUUUUUUUAAAGAUUAUUUAUUUAUUUAUUCAGAGAGAGAGAGAGAGGCAGAGACCCAGGCAGAGGGACCAUGCAGGGAACCUGACGUGGGGCUCGAUCCCGGGUCUCCAGGAUCACACCACGGGCUGCAGGUGGCGCCAAACCGCUGAGCCACCAGGGCUGCCUGCCCUCAAGCAACUCUUUAAAGCUCAUAUCGUUCCAGUUUUCAAGUGUCUCUUCUCUCUUCUCUCCUUGCUGCAGUAAGACUUGGAAAUCAUGAUGUUCAGUGAAGCAGCCUGAAGAUAGUUCAUAAACCUUUUUUUUGCUGUGAUAGUUACCGACCUGGGAAGUUGGUCACUGCUGAUUAUCCAAAUGAUGUUUCGCACAGAGUGAGUGUACAGUACUGGUUUGUAGCACGAGGUGGUGGUGCAGUGGCUCCUGGCCGCCCCCUGUGGCCACCGCGCCUCAGCUCCUCCGGCGUCCGGCGUGUGUAUUUUUGCAUCCCACCUUUGGGCAUCCAGUGUUGCUGGAGGGCCUGUCCAGGCUGGAGCGGCACAGACGCCUGAGAUCCUUUGUCAGAGUGGAUCUUGCAGUGCACCCAGGCACGCUGAGCUGGUGGCAGGGAUGGCACUCGAAUCCAGGCCUCUGACGCGUGAUCGGUGGCCCUCUCUCCAGGCUUCGCUGUGUGUCCAGAGUAACGAAUCCUACACGUUUCAGGCUCCAUGUCCACCAGUCACUUCACGAGUCUGGGAAGAGCGUCUUCAUUUUAACUCUGCUGUGGUCAAGUAGCUUUGCACGCAGGUUCUAAAGUGCUGUAAACCCACAGGUGAUUUCUUUCUGCGUGUAGAGUUGUGUUGAUGGUUUCGGGGCUGGCCCAAGUCUCCGUGUGGGCAAGGCCACCCAGGCUGUCUCCGGGGGUCAGGACGCGGGGGUCUUUGUCUUCCGCUCGGCAGGACGCCCUGCUUCGUGCUUCCCUGGGUCUCAGAGCCUUGACUGAGGACGGCUUUCUCUCCCACGGGUGCUUAGGGAAACCAGCAAGCUGCUGUGCUGAGCAGUAACCACUGCAGUUCCGUUAGCUCAGGUUAGAAACGUGAACAUAACUUGAACAGUUAACAUAUUUUGAGACUCGUCUGUCCCAGUGCUGAGCCCCUCAGUCACGUCCUGCACCCGGGAGACUCGCUCUGCGGCUUCCGUCGUGUGGGGCUGGCCAGGUGCCGAGCGGCCUUCCAGUUCUCGGUGGAUGGCAGAAGGGCAGAGCUGCGCUUGGAAUCGUGGCCUUUUAUGGGGGUCCCGAUGGGAGAUCUGAAAGGAAGCCUGAGCUCUGCUGGGUUUUUUGGCUUCUCCACGUGAACCCUGAGCUAGGAUGUGGGUCAGGAUGGGAUACGGGAGAGACAUUAACCCUGCAGCCACUGCUGGGCUCUGGUUGGGUUUUUACGUGUGGAAAAGCCUUAGAAAGGGCUGUCUGCCCUUUGACCCAAUACUUUUUAUUAUAGGGAUUUACACAGAUAAUUAAAGGUGUUCUGUAUUGUUGUACCAAAAUCCCUGAAAUAUCCUAAAUAUGAAUUCAUAGGGGAUCUGUUAAAUAACCUAUGGCUCGACAGUGUUUUCUGCUCUCAAAGUAACGUUACAGAAACAACAUACUGACAUGGUGCAGUGUUUAUGAUCAUAGCUACAGGUGGUAUGACCGGACUCCAGGUCUGAGAAUAGCCACGUACGUGUGGGUGUCAGAAAAAGGUUGGGGGACGCCCAGGGGCUCCGUGGUGGAGCGCCUGCCCUCAGCCCAGGCCGUGACCCCGGGGUCCAGGGAUCGAGUCCCACGUCGGGCUCCGCACAGGGAGCCUGCUUCUCCCUCACCUGUGUCUCUGCCUCUCUCUCUGUGUCUCUCAUGAAUAGAUGAAAUCUUUAAAAGAAAAGAAAAAGGUUGGAAAAAUAUGCAGCAGCACUUAAACCUGAUGACUUGUGAAUGUUUCAUUUUGGUCUUUGUAAACUUAAGUAUUUUCUAAAACUCUUCUAGUCGGUUUUGUAAUGAAAAAAUAAAUUAUUUUUUAAGA